AUGGCCCAGUCAUUGGUGACAAGCAUGAUUCAAUACCAGUUUUUUAUUUCAUGGAGAAUGCCACAUUGGUUUGCGGGAUUCUUUAGCAUAUUGGCAGAUAUAAGUGAUAUUGAUUUACUGACAUGGACGUGAGUUAUGGUUGUUAUGGUGGGGCCAGUACAGUUGUAUGUGGUUUGUUGAUAAACAAUGCUCUGGAGGGGACAUUGAGGUAUACUACGUACUCUCUUUAAGAAAUCUUUUUUCAGUGCAUUGCUUCUCAAGUACAGAUGCUGUAUCUCUGAGGAAGAAAAGUAGAAAGGAAGAGGCUGUUCCGCGUCACUUAUAAAAGUAUUACUUUGAUUUUCAGAGCACAUGCAAUAGAUUUAUUAUAUAAUGUAACUUUCCUUUUUUAACACAUAAUGACACAAUUACACCGACAGAUGAAAUACGACUGUUUGGUUUCUAAAUCUCAGUAACAAUGUUAUGUCCCAGUGCUUUACGUAAAAGGAACUGCUUUUCUUUGAACAGUUGGAGGAAUACAUUAUGUCCCUUUGCCCAGUUUUGUGUCAUAGAAUAGAGGGAUGCUCUAUGCCUGUCUGAGAGUCCACCUCAUACUGUGCUUUUACAAGUUUUGUCAGAUCUGGUUUCCAGUGUCCUGUGGCUGUCUGCCACUCCCGAAUUGCAGGCUGUGCUUCUAUAAAAGACCCCCGCACAGCUCAGCACUAACAACACAGCUCUGCAGGACAACUGGAAACACACACAUAAAGUCUCUUUCUGGGUAAGACUGGGCACCUGAGUGGGCUCACAACAGUAAUCAGUUAUAUGGGAAUGUCAAUCAUUAGCAUGACUAUAUAUACAUUAGACAUCACAGUUGCAAUUUUGUCCCACUUUUUGUACAUUAAGUUCUGAUUUUAUUAUAUACAUUAGUUCUUAUUAUUUAUAUGCUUUAUCACUUUUUAUAAAUGUAACAUUAAUGAAUUAGCAAAAAAGAAUGUUAGUGUUUCAUAUCCAUGGAUAGUUUUCUAGAUUUAGUUUAAACAGUUAAAUACAGCAUUAUAGAAAGUACUCUGCAGAUGUAGCAAAAAUGUUAUUAAAAAAUUGUCGUUUGCUAUUCGAGAAGACGAAUAUGUUAUGUGUGUGUUUAUGUGAAUAUAGUAUAUGUUUAUCAAUCGACAGACAGACCAGUUGUGUGAGUUGACUGACUGCAGACUUGUAAAAUAUAAAUCAAAGUAGCAAAGUUGUAUAAUUCUCAAAGUCGAUCAAGUCAGAAAUCUUUUUGGGUUAAUUUAUUAUUAUUUAAUAAUUAACUUGUUUAUUUGAACAGACUAAAAUUCCUAUCUAUAAACAAAUUAUAUGUUUAUUACAUCUUCAUUUGUGUGUGGAUAUAAAUUACACACUCCAUUAUACAGAGUGAUUUCUAGUGCAAAGGCAGUGUCUAUUUUAAUAUAUGUCUAAUUUUACUACAAAUGUUUAUCAUUGUUUCCUCGUGGUACGAUCCUACUGAAUAUAGUGUUGCUUUAAAAAGAGUGUUCAAUUGAAAAAUAACUGCUGUAAUAUUGCCACUUUAGUUUAUAUUAAUCUGAAAUGUGUGUAUAAAUUGAGUAUACAUUCAGUUUAAGAGUAUUGGAAUAUGUUUUUAAGUUUUGAAAGGUUAGUUUAUCUUGAAUAUUUUUUAUCGGUAGAUUUUUUUUUUUUUAUAGAUAAUAUAAAUGUAAUGCUAUUUAAAAUAUAUAUUCACAUACAGAACUAUUUACGUAAAUAUCCUGUGUGUCUUUUGGGACUUAUUAUACAAGAAUGUCUUUAUUUGCUUUAAUCAAGAUUGCAGAUAGCUCAAAGAUUUGGAAUGAUUUUUGGUGCCUAAUUAUCUCAGUAAUCUGGAAGUCAUUGCUCUGUCUAUUUUGUUAUAUUAUAGCAAUUGCUUGUAAAAUUUAAGAGGGUGUAAGGGUGAGUUGUGAGUCUCCAUUUCUCAGUGUUAGUCAGGUCCACCCCUGACGUAUUGGCUAAAAUAUGAUGACGCUUUUAGAUAUCGACAUUGUAGGGGGAGGGUUUGGGGUUGGGGGGCUGAAGCCCUGAAUGUACACAGUUGGUGGAGGGGGCAGGUGGAUAUUAGUGUUUUGCUUUUUGCUUUUUAAUUUGAAAUCAGAAAAUUCCAUCCGCAGCCGCACAUUAAAAAAAAAUACAUCAGUAGUGUAGUAUACUGCCAGGCCACUUGUAGGGAGUGGGUACCAAGGUGACUGUUAGAAGGGGUGCUGAAGACAGAACUUUGCUGGUCACCCCUCUAUUUGUUAGGUAGUGUGACGGGAGCGCAAUAAAUGCAUUGCUGCUUGUUUCUGACUAUGCUUUUAAUGAGAUCCCAGAAUGCAUCAGCAGCACACUGUGCAUGGUUUUAGAGGACAAGACAUACCGAGGAAAGGCAGGGAUAUGUCUUGACAUACCUCUACCCCUCUGUUAUUGAAGAGAGAGAUCCUCAAGUUUUCCUUUGGGAUCAAGCUCCAGGUGUUUCUAAUGCUAGCAGCUAGAGGCAAAUAGUUUUAAAAAAAACCAAAAACCGCUUUAACUGUAUCUUGCUAUUUUAGAUUGUUUUUAUUGUUUUAUAAAAUAGAAAAUCUUGGAAAGUAGUUGAUAUUUUAAACUAUAGUGGACUUCACCUUGAUUGUUUGCGGAGCCUGGGACCACAUAUUCCUUUGGUGGGGAAAAUACUACCUGAGCGCUGUGUAGUGAGCAAUUCCCUAAUUUGCUCCAUACUUGAGUACCUCACCUAUUUUUUUGUGAAACAUAUAUUUGCAUCAGUGAUCACUAUAUAUGUUAUUUUGUGUUUUGCAUAUAUGACCUACUUACCAACAAGCCAUUGAACCCAUAAGGCAGGGCUGAUAUCAUCCUUGCCUACUUUAUCCAGUUGACGAUUCUUUGCACUACGGAACUUUAAGAUAAGAAGACACCACAUAUCCUUAGGUGGGAUUAUACCAGCCCGGCACAACUUGAUAAAGUUACCGUAUACACUCGAUAAUAUAAUAUAUUAUAUAUAUAAUUCGACCUGAAUAUAAGUUGAGAACCCUAAUUUAACCCCCCAAAAACUGGGAAAACUUAUUGACUCGAGUAUAAGACUAGGGUGGGAAAUGCAGCAGCAACAGGUAAAUUUCUAAAUAAAAUGAUAUCCCCAAAAAAUUAUAUUAAUUGAAUAUUUAUUUACAGUGUGUGUGUAUAAUGAAUGCAGUGUGUGUAUAUAAUGCAGUGUGUUUGUAUGAACGCGGUGUGUGUGUGUGUGUAUGAAUGCAGUGUGUGUGUGUAUGAGUGCAGUGUGUGUGUGUGUAUGAAUGCAGUGUGUGUAUGAAUGUAGUGUGUGUGUAUGAAUGCAGUGUGUGUGUGUGUAUAUAAUGCAGUGUGUGUGUGAAUGCAGUGUGUGUGUGUAUGAGUGCAGUGUGUGUGUGUAUGAAUGCAGUGUGUGUGUGUGAUGCAGAGUGUGUUUAUGUGUGUGAUGCAGAGCCUUGGUGGGGGGUGGGCAUUUUUAUAAAAAAAUUUAAAUUAUUAUUAUUUUAAUAUUAUUUUUUUUAUAAAUUAUUAAUAUUUUAUUUUUAUUUUAUUAUUAUUUAAAUUUGUAUUUAUUUAUAUUUUUUUUGUCCCCCCUCCCUGCUUGUUGGCUGGCCAGGGAGGGGGGCUCUCAUUCCCUGGUGGUCCAGUGGAUGGGCUGUGUAGGAGGGGGGCUAGCAAAGAUCUGUAACUUACCUUUCCUGCAGUUCCUGUCAGCUCCCUUCUCCUUCGUGCCGGUCAGCUCUCCUGUCAGCUCCACUGUAAGUCUCGCGGUCUGAGUGCUGCGCGGAGCAUUGCCACGGUAACCCGUGGCAACGCUCUGACACCGCGGCUCUCGCAAGACUUACAGUGGGAGCUGACAGGGGAGCUGACCGGACCGGAGGAGAGAGAAGGGAGCUGACAGGCGCUGCAGGAAAGGUAAGUAACAGCUCGCUGCCUGCCGCCAACAGGACCGCCGGGCUUGUAAUGAGCCCGGCGGUCCUGGUCUGUAUUAUGGCAAUGUAAGUUGCCAUAAUACAGACAGUGACUCGAGUAUAAGACGAGUGGGGUUUUUUCAGCACAAAAAAUGUGCUGAAAAACUCAUGUUAUACUCGAGUAUAUACGGUAUCCUAGCUCUACAAACUUUAAAUUGCAAUUCCUUUUUUUCUUAUUUUUAAUUGUCAUUGGAUACACUACACUAUAUUUUGCUAUAUUUUCUGUCUCCGCAUAUUCUACUACUUCUGGAAACAUCUCUACCUCAAGAAAUAUAUAAAGUUGCUACCCCCUCUUCUUACCUGUUUGAAAAUAAAUAUAUUAUACAAUGUUAUUGUUCAUUAUAAUAAAAUUACCAGCCCCCCUCCCUGGCCACCUGCCUGGUAAAAAAAAAAAAAACACCAAAAAAUAUUUUUUACUUCGAUUUCAUGCAACAGGCAGGCUCCCUACUACAGCUGUUCCUCCUUUUCUGACAUCAUCCAUCUAGACGAUUUUGGCCCAAUCCAAUGCUUCUCACAGAGAAGUAUUGGAGACCUAAUGGGCAUGAAUGGCAAUUGGUGUGCUCAACCAUCUGGACACGUCUUGUAGAGAAUCUAUGAAUUCAAAAUGGAUUGGAGGUAUAAGGGAUGUAUUAAAGCUCCUUCCUGUUAGAUGGGGACAAAUUGAGCCAGUUAUGCUUUUAUUUCAUUUUAUUUUAACUUUUUGUUGCGGUGACUGUGGCAAGCUGCCACAUAACUUAACCCUUGUGCUGCCAAAGCUAUUUUGAACUUUUUGCCCAUUGGCUUGUGACAGCGUUCGGUCAGGCUGAAAUGCCAAAAUAAUUCUGAUCUGUUCUGAACCAGAAUUGCAAGAUCCAGACAGUGUUACUUAUUGUGAAUAAUGUCCAUGUUCUGAAUGCUCCCCAUACACAACAGAACGGUUUUGCCCCAUUCAGUAGAGGGGCAAAUGGACUUGAGUGAACUCUGUUGUAAAAAGUGUUUACUGAGUAACAUAAGAACUGACAGAAAGAAAAAGGUGACAGAUCCUCUUUAAGUCUUUCUGAGCAUCAUAGGAAUUGUAGUUCACAAACACCUUAGGUCCCAUGGUCACAGUCUUUGGGUUAGCAGAACACUCCAUUGCAGAAUGCAGAUUUAUUCACUAACAUGAGGAUUCAAGGUGAAUCCAAAGUGAUUUUUAAAAAGGUAAAAAUAGCCAAAAUGAAACAAUUAUCUAAGUAAGCUUUGCUUGAAUUUUGGUCACUUUGGCCUUAAAUUUGAAAUUCACUUUGAAUUCUUACUGUAGUAAAAAACAUGAUAGUAAUUAAAUGUUCGAAGGGAAAUUAGAGCUUGAUUCACAGUAGAUUUAUGUAAGUGACGUAGUAAUAUUAACUAAUUACGUCUAUUUACAUUUUAUGACUUGUAAAAGUAACAGGCCAUUUGAAGUGCAGUCGCUAACUUCACAAGCUUACAGGAUGAAUGUUUAUAUGCAUCUAGCAUUUCUAAUGCUCUCAGUCUGUGCUUACAUAAUCUGCACCUGUCUGUCACGGGCAGCCAAGCUAAGUCAUUAUUUCCUAUUGCGACAAUAUUAUGUUUCACUUAGAUUUAUAGUCACUAAGCAUUAAUGUCCCUCCAAACACCUAUUCAUGAUGUACAUCUAACUGUAAUCUGGCUAUUUCAAAGGAAGGACACUUCAGGUUGAAGAUGAACACAAUUUUAAUAUAUUUCUCAGAUAACGUAUUAAAAAGUAUGCAAACAGCAAAAGGAAAAAGCGUCAGACAGGUGAGAGUAUAGCUGGUAGAUUUUCCACCCCAGGUAACUACCUGCACUACAAAAAUAAAAUAAAAAUAAAUAAAAAAAGUAUGCAAACAAAAUUAAUUGAAACAUUAAAAUAAUUGAUAUUCUUGUCUCAAUUUUCCCUGCAUUUGCUGCAAAACAUCUGUUGCUCUCACUUUUUAUUUAGCAAAGUAGAGCCCGUAGACCCCUGCGCAGAGUUUUACUGGACAUGUUAGACACCUGCCAGAAUGUAAUUAAUCAGGUAAGAUAAAUGUAACUUCUGCCUAAGUUGAUAUUAACAAACUACUAAUUUAUGGCUAUUUUGAUAAAUUCUGCCUACUCAGUGUAGAGCUGACUUUUAAGUAAGUCAGACACUUGGUCUUAUAUAUUAAAUACACAUGUUUGCAUUGGUCUCACUGAGUAACAUUGAUUUGACUGAACCUUUCUGUCAAAAAAAUGCAAGAUACAUAGAUGAUUGUUGGUUAUCUGACAUUUAUAGUAAUUUUAUAAACCAUGUAAUGUCUUAGCUUAAAGGAACUCUCCAAGUACCACAAUAACCACCGUAGUGUGUUUUAUCAAAAUAUAUAUGUUUUUAAAAAUAAAUAUAUGCUAGUAUAGAAAUUAUCUAGCUAUAGAUGAUACCUCAUAUGCAUUAAUGGGAGGAGGAGAACACAUACAAUGUUGAUAUUUAUCCCCACAGAAUCAGGACAGCUUUUUGAAUCUAGUUGACCGUCUUUUCCUGCAAAAAUACGAAAUGUCCAGUGUUGUGUUUACACAACUUAUACAAUAUUAUUCCACACCGAGCCCGCUUUGAUGGAAUGAACUGCUUGAAAAGCAAUCUUCCUUUGCACUUCAAAUGGGACUCGUCCAUGCAAAUAUUUUGGUCAGGGGUAUAAUUUUCAAAAAAUAUUUUUGACAAGUGAUCAAUUAAUUUUGUGUUGAUGAACAUAUUAGAUGUCAUUUCUAGGCGAAACUGGGUGUUAUCACUACAAUGGAGGUAACUGAGAAGCUGUUCAUGCCUACCCUUCUUUAUAUUCCCCAGAAAAAAGGGGUUGCUAGGAUUACUAGCCUAAGCACCCAAAACCUCCUCAUUUCAGUGCUGUCAGUGGGGUGCCACAUAUUUUCCCUGCUGUAGUGAGAAUUGUGAUUGGCAGUGAGAUAUUGGCUGGCAUAUAAAUUUCUUUGCGCAGCCAUAAGCUCAAACAUGCCAUCUGUAUUUAACAUACUAAAAUAAUUUUCAGGAUCACAACUGUCAACUGGUUGUGAUGCCAGAAGUUGCUAAAAAUUAGUGUAUUACAGGGGCACUUAGAUAACCCAGUUAUGUUCAGAAACAGUGCAGGGUUCAAAGCACUUCCUGGAUGGAGUUACGGUGGGAGUACCAUCAUCAAAAGGCUUGCUUAGAGGCUGACGCAUUAAGUGUCUCACUGUCAGACAGGUGAAUGGAGUCACUCUCCUCUGACUUACGUGUAAGCAUGGCUUAGGCCUUCUCCACAGUAUGGUAAAAUGCCUUGGCGACUUUUUAAGAGGUAAAAUAUUUUUUUCCCCUAACUGCUAACACACACUCCCUCAACUUACCCCCCAAUUCCCACUCCCAACCGCAGAACCCCACAUCUAAAACCUAAAACAAAAAAUGAAUGACUGAUCACAGAAUAAAAUGCUGCGAUCAACACAAAAAGGGUUAUUAUUUAUUUAUUUUUAAUCUAAAUUUGGGUUAAAAAAUGUCAGGGUAAGUAAGAUAAAAUGCUCCGACAGACAAUGCAGUGAUUAGAGCACAGAGAGGGUUUAACAAAAACUACAAAGGGUUAAAAAAGUUUAACAAAAUAAAAAAACCUUUCUACCCCCCUCAAAGUAACACUCACGUACUGAUCACUCUGAUCCCAGUAUUAGAACUGUGAUCAGCAGUGAAAUGGUUAGAUCAAACAAUUAUUUUUAUUUUAACACACAAUAACACUUGGAAUAUUUCCAGCAAUGAUCUUUUCAGAAGAGAGAGGCAGAAUGAAAUGGUAAUGAUUCGCCUUCAGCCACAACUCUCAAAUAUCAAAAUGUCUCUCUCUGCAUAUUAGAGGUCAACAGUUUUAGUAUUCAGUAAGCAGUAGUAAACUGAAUUCUAAAUGGCAAAAGUUAAGGUAAAUAGCUGACCUGGAAAGAUCUGCUAUCUAUAGUCAUAGCUUGGCUAGUUUAAUCUAAUUCUUGCCAUUCGGAAUUCAAUUCACCCCCUUUCUAUGUUUAGUGAAUAACUAAUUUAUAGAAAAUAGAAUUUACUAUAAAGUGGGGGGAGUUAUGAAGCUUUGUAACUGAGCCCACAAUAUUUGGUAAAUUUAAAACUACAAUAUUACAAUAUUGCCACAAAAAAGCACGCUUGAAAACAAAAUUGAUCUAUAGAUAACAGAAAAACCCCAAUAUAGUGCAGACAAUCUGGAUAGUGUAAUGUACAGUAAGAGGUAAUGGGGAGAAUUCACAUGGACCAAAGCCCAAUCUCCCCUGGCUCUGGGUUUGAAAAGCUCCACUGGAGAGGGAAGUAUACCACACUAUACUGACAGGAUCUGGAUGGUAUGCUCCCAGUGGAGCUUAAAUCAAAGCUAAGCUAGUUUAGUAUCAAUUAUGCCAUUCUCAAAAACUGUAGAAUUCAGAUGUGCAAAGCUAGUGACGUCUUAUCCCAAAAGACUCACAGCUGUAACUGCAGCCAAGUGGUUCUGCCAAGUAUUAACUCAAGAGGCGAAUACGUAUGCACUCAAGUGUUUGUUUUAGUUUUAAAUUAAUUGCCUUUUGUUAAUAUCUGCACCUUUAAAGUGUUACUUGUGUUGUGCGAGUACAAAUCCCAUUAUUAUUCAUUUUAAAAUUAGAAGGAUUAAAGAGGAACUGUUACUUUUGGGGGACUUUGCAUAAUUUUGCAACGACACCCGAUGGUGAAAUCACAGCUGGGGGUCUAGUAGCCAAGGGGGGCAAGAAAAGGUGUGUUUUACUUACCUGAACCUACCCCUCUUGGGUGCCGUCAUCAUCUUCCUAUUGGUCCUCUUCAUUCCUCUUCAGCUGCCAGGAGCCUAAGUAACUCUCGUGCAUGUGAGGGUGCUGUGAGGCCAAAGGAUCCUCCAUAGAUAGAGCAAAUGUGUUUAUGGCAUUAUGAAUAUAAACUGUACCAGUAUCCACAUGGAAAAAGUUGUUAGAUAACUUGGAAUCUGACAGAGAUAUGCACAAGUGAAUUUAAAAUUUAAGGCUAAAGUAGCCGAAUUGGAAGCAUAGCAAACUUAGAGAAUUUUUCCAAUUUGUCUAUUUUGACCACAGAUUUUAAAUUCACUUAAGUACUAACUUUAGUAAAUAACCCUUUAAGUUUUAGCUCUAGAUAAUCCGAUAGAUGUAAGAUAUAAGUCUACUCUAUAAUAACAUUAAAAAAUACAUAAGAUUAGAAUAUAUAGAUAUAAUUCUUCUUGAAAUAGCAUGGUUCAGGUGGGUGACAGAACUACAAUUCCCAUGAUGUAUUUCAUGCCUCUGCAUGCCUUUAGAAUGCCAUUAGAAUGACAAAGCAUCAUAGAAGCUGUAGUUUUAAAGCACCUGGGGAUCUACCUUCUGGGUACCCCUAUCUUAGACUAUAACAUAUACAAGGAACAAAGGUUGUUAUGGUGUCUGGUCUAUAUAUUAUAGUGAGCGCCUAUAACAUUUCUAUUUUUGGAGUAAAAUUGAGUGCAUGGGAGAUUGAACCCCCCAUUAUAUCUGUGCAUAAUCUUACUUGAACUAUGAAAUAUAAUCUUUUAUGUCACAAGGUGGUACACUCCUAGGGCAUUCAACAAUAAGAGAAUAUAAACAUUGUUCUCUAGUCUUUAUUCUGACUGUAUGUCAAGGCUAGCUAUGUUUAGUCUACAAUAAUAUCUAGCUAUUGUGGGGUUAUAGAGGUAUACCAGGCAUUCUAAUAUAUAUAGAUUAAUGGGAUUCUGUGUAUUCCUUUGCAGAUAGGAUUACAUACUUAUUUUUACCAGGAAGGAAGAAAGGGAUUCUAUUUCAGUCUUUUUUUUUUUUUUACAUCACAUUACAUUACAAGCGUCAUAAUGUCCAGACAGUGCUCUCAAGUGAAGUGGAGUAACUACAGCUGUAGCAAUCGGUUCUGAUACAUAGUGAAAGAGGUUUUGAAGUGAUCUAUGCCUUUACCAAAGCAAGUCAACUAACCUGCUUUGUUAAUGACAGUAUGAUGUCAUACUUAUUAGGGACUUCACAGGCCUCAUGCUGAAAAUAAUACUAAAUGCAAAAUACAAAUUUGUGUUUUUGGUCUCAUGUGCAACUAAACUUUGCAACCAUAUAUACAAUCUCCAAUAGGCCCUACGGUAAAUUGGCCCUGCUCAUGGCAAUCUCUACCACCAGUGACACGGAUUGCCUACUCCAUAACACAGGGAUUUAUAGAUAGAUCCUUCCAAACAUACAUGUCCCUGCACAGUGAAGUUAAUGGCAAAGAGUAGCAUGCGCAAACUUUACACAUUUAUACAUUAGAAUGACAGGGAGCAGAGCUAUGCCUUGUUCACCUAGUGGCAUAACUAAAACGUGUAUUCUUUCCUUCAGACAGAAAAUCCAAUAGAUUUUUUUAAUUCAAGGUAUCUCAGCUUGUAUGUUUUAGAAUUAUUCUGACUCAUAGCAUUUUAUUUAGCUUGCACAUUUUUACAGAUGUAGAAAACUCAACACAUCGCAACAACACAGAAUAUCCUACUGUGCAAUACUGGCAGUGUUCUCUUGACAAUUGCACAGCUCAAUAUAUAAUGAUGGGAUGUCACAAACCUUUGUGCAGUUAGCUGGUUAGAAGAGCAAAUGAUUAGAAGCCUCGUUAACAAGUAGCACAUUAAAUUCACAUGUCUUACAUUAUAUAAGUGUUGUAUACACUUAACUUCCAUCUAUCAGGAUUCACAUUACAAGGAAAAGUUAUUAUAUUUUACAAACUGAAAUAUUUGCAUUCCAUAUAAGAUGGCAUCAAUAGAGUUUAAUAUGUUUCAUUGUAACAUGUGAUACAGUCAGUAACACACUAUCACUACAGGGAUGAAAAAUCAUGAUGUUCCUGCAUAAUACUGUUUGUAAUAAUGCAUCUAUAUUGCGGUCACUGCUAAACCUAUUAGUUCCCAGUUGCCUUCCACUUUAAUCCAGCACAAGUCUGCACCAAGCAGAGACACUCAUUCCUUCCGCACAGUGCAGAGGGAAUGUAAAAGCUAAACUCUUACCUCUCUCAUUGUAUAGGAGACACACCUGAUUCUAGCAAGUGCAGCCUGUUAUUGUUCUCCAUGUUUUGACAGUUUCAAAGGACAAUGUAUAAGAAUUACAUAUUGUAGAACUACAGCUCCCAUGAUGCUUUGCUAAAACAUUCUAACCCUCCCCCCCUCCCUCCUCCACCCCCAUAUAGCAUACAUUUCCAUUUUCAGACACUUUUACACAUUGCAACAAUUUGUAAAAUAUAUCAAAUAAGACUCUGCACAUUUAUAUCGGGUAUAACUUAAUACAAAAGUGUCAGUUUAUUAAAAAUUCAUAUUCAAGCUUUUUAUUUCAGAUUUUAAAUAAACAUUAUUUGAAUUUAAAAAAAAAUAACUUUGUGUUGAUGCGUUAAUAUGCCCCAGAUGGUUGUGCUUUCUCUUUGAAGACUGUUAUGGCAUCUAUCAAUGAUUUACAAAUGAUGUAUAGUGUUAUUUCCCACAAAUACUCUCAACGAUUAGAAACUAAAGAUAUUACAGGAGGCUGAAGCUAAAGCAUUAACAAAAUAAAGUUGUGGAAAAAAGAGCUUUCUGCCUUACAGUAACUCUUGCCAGAAGUGGGUUGUUCCCUUUGCUAAAAAUAAAGUGCAAAUUACAUCUUGAUUCUGUCCUGGGAGAAAGCUACGGCAGACAGGUAUUACUUAUUAAAUCAUAGAGAUCUGUCACUGUAUAAACAAGGAUUUUCAGAAUUAUUUUUUUAGUCUGCGAAUACCAGGUGCAUACUGCUUAUAAUACCUUACCUUGGUUGAAUUAGUAUAGUCUAUUACAGUACAGAAAACAAAUUCUGCAGAAAGUGCAAUUACAUUUUAGAUUUGUCCAAACAUUUGUUAAGAGUGCGGCCUCUUUUUUCACUUUUUAAAAAAGAGCAGAUUUCAAAAUAAAUUGGCACUUUUAUAAAUUAAACUUUUUACUCACCCAGCUGUCAAUAAGACAAUCGGUCCUGUUACUUGCUGGUUUGUUUAGCUCAGUGAAGCUAAACUCAAGAGGCAGAUAAUUGCUCAGAGCAUCUGCCUUGCAAAGACUUCUCAUUGAGCUGCAUUGGGAAGUCUUUGAUUGACAGCCACAGAAAGUUUGGGCUGUAGAAGAAGUGGAGGGCUUGCAAAGGCAGCAGACAAGAGAGCUGUAUGUUUUGUGAGCUGUUUUUAGAUAUACCCACAAUGAAAAAAAGGCCUAAUUAAAUGCUUGAUUUUUUCAUUGGCAGUUUUGUCUCCCUUUUAGUGUACAAUUCUAUAAUUCUUGGCUAAAUAACAUUUUAAAAUAAAAAUUACCAAAAACAAUGGAGGAAAUUUACAGAUUUAUCAGGUGUCUAUCCCUUUAAAUCCUCAAUUCCCGUGAGUGAAGCGCUUCAGUGUAAAUUUAAAUAUUGUGAAUAUAUAUAUGUAGUGCCAGAAAGCACUUACCAUCUAUACAAUGCUCGUAUUUCCGUAUACAUAUAUAUAGGGAAAAAAACAGAUAUAUACAAAUAAUAGUGCAAUAUGUCUAAAGAAUCAAUUUCAAUUAUAUAUGUGAGUUCGAAUGUAAAUUAACUCACAUUUUUUAGAGCCUUUUACAGUGGUAAGGCUCUAAACUUCCAAACGUCUGUGUCUUUUGGGUAGACCACUGAAGACUUAUGUCUAUCUUCUGUCCGUACUCCCACCUCCGACGCUCGCCUUCAAGAUUUCUCGAGUGCUGCACCUUUCCUGUGGAACUCGCUUCCCUCCUCCGUUAGAUGCUCACCCAGUCUCUACUCCUGCAAAAAGGGAAGAAGACUUGAGCAGCUGCCUGCAGGGACACUGAAACAAAAGGAAUAACGGAGGAGGGAAGCGAGUUCCACAGGAAAGGUGCAGCACUCGAGAAAUCUUGAAGGCGAGCGUCGGAGGUGGGAGUACGGACAGAAGAUAGACAUAAGUCUUCAGUGGUCUACCCAAAAGACACAGACGUUUGGAAGUUUAGAGCCUUACCACUGUAAAAGGCUCUAAAAAAUGUGAGUUAAUUUACAUUCGAACUCACAUAUAUAAUUGAAAUUAAUUCUUUAGACAUAUUGCACUAUUAUUUGUAUAUAUCUGUUUUUUCCCUAUAUAUAUGUAUACGGAAAUACGAGCAUUGUAUAGAUGGUAAGUGCUUUCUGGCACUACAUAUAUAUAUUCACAAUAUUUAAAUUUACACUGAAGCGCUUCACUCACGGGAAUUGAGGAUUUAAAGGGAUAGACACCUGAUAAAUCUGUAAAUUUCCUCCAUUGUUUUUGGUGAUUUCUAUGUAUGUUGGGUUUUUAGGAGUACCCACAGAGUGUAUAGCAGCUAAAUUCACUUUAAUAUAAUAAUUCUAUAGCGCCACCUUUCCACAACCUGUGUGUGUAUACUUAAAAUAAAAAUUAGCUGUGCAGCUAAUUCAGCUUAAAUGUUGAUGAAGACUCAAUACUUCGUGAAUAGUGUCAUAAGCACGGUUCUAAAAAGAGUAGAAAAUUGUUUUUGUCAUCUUAAAGUUUUAUUUAUAUAUAUUUUAUUUUAGAUUUAAGUGCAUUAAAUUUGGUGGGAAAGUUUCAUUGCCAGAAGUUUGUGUCUCUAAUAUUUUAUAACUUAUUAGCUCACAAAGUUCACAGUUAAAGCAUCAGAGUGUUAUGACCCUUUAUAUUAUACGAUGAUUUUUAUUUAUAUGAUAUUAUCCACUUUAAUGUUCAGCAAAGAACAGUUGCACAUUGCUUUGUGACAAUAGUUUUUCACAAAGCCGUGAACUGUGACAAUCUUAAAGGGACACUAUAGGCACCCAGACCAGACAGGUGCAGAGUUGCCAUAUUGGCAGGGGAGGGAUCUAUGAACCUAAACGCUGUGACCAAACAGGGAAAAGGCUACAAAAAAGGAGGGAGGGACCAACUUUGCAAGGUUAGAAUGAAGGAUCCAAGAUGGCGGACCAUUUAUAUCGGCCAACCCCCAAACACUAGCCCCCGCCCCUUAGCCCGCCUCCUAGUCCUGUUAGGGCCCUAUUCCCUAAGCUGUGCUUUCUCAAUGGGCUUCACAUCAGCUCAUUGAAGUGGUCUGGGUACAGUGUCCCUAUUGCACUUAGUUCUGUAAUGUAAAAGAUUAAUAUUUUAGAGAGACUGCAAUGUUUACAUUGCAGCACUAAGUCUGCCUCCAGUGGCUGUCAAUUAGACAGCCAUUAGAGGUGCUUCCUGGAUGUUAACAGACUUUUGGUCCGAUAACUGACGCUGGAGGUCCUUGCGCUCUGCAUGAGGACAUCCAGUGUCAGCUACUUCCUCAUAGGAAAUUAUUGAUUCAAUGUUUUCCUACGGGGAAAGCCUAAUGUGUAUGCGGCACUUGCUGUCCAUGCAUAUUAGCACCCCCUAGUCAGUAACAUCAGAGGAGAAGAAGCAGCGACCCGGUGCCAUGGAACAUAAGGUAAGUAAAUAAAGUAAUUUGUUUGUAUUCCUGGCACUAUAGCAUGCCUUUAACCCUGCAAUGUUACUUAUUGCAGGCUUAAGACUACCUCUAGUGGCUGUCAAUCAGGCCACUAGAGGUAGUGCAUAAUGAGCUUGCCGUGAAUGCACAUAAGCCCCCCUAUCGGAUGAUGUCAGAGGAGGUGUUGUGCCAAACCAGCACCAAUCUGGAAUUUGGGAAGUACAGUAAGGGUUUAUACAAUGCUGGGGGGUGGGGGGGGAAGGGGCACGAUAGAGUUAGGAAUACACUUUUGUAUUUGUUCCUUUAAAUGAAAAUUAAAAUUAUCAAGUAGACUAAAUUAUCAAGUAGACCAGACAGAUUUGGAGCAACUCUCCACCUCAGACCAUAAUUUAAAAUGUUUGGAUAAGCUUUUCAAGUGAUCACAAUUUUUCUAAUGAUUUUUGUUUACUUAGCCCCAAUAUUUAACAGAUAUGUAUUUGUGAAGCUUGGAAAAUAAACUUAAAUGUAGAAAUCCACAUCUAUUUUUCCUGCAGUUGGAUACCUCUAACUUAGCUCCCUGUCAAUCAUUGUUAUAAACUCUGCCCUUUGCACCUGGCAGUGAGCAUAGAGAAAUUAUACAGAGAAAUUGAGAAAUUAUUAUUUUAUUUUUUUUUAAAUUCAAUUUCUCCUCAUUUGCAAUGUGUAUGUCUGGACUGAACUGGAUUGUGAUGUAAUUUGCUAUUUUUAUAUAUAUAUAUAUAUAUAUAUAUAUUUAUUUAUUUUUUUAUAUUUUUAACUGUCACAUUAAAAAUCGUUUAACACAAGUUAUAAGUGAUUUUUAACAUGUUAUUCCACGUGUAAUUUCCUAAGAAGUGACAUUUUCCUUUUAAGGCCAAAAUAGGUGAAUGGGAAAAAUUGUUCACGUAAACUAUGUUUUAAGUUUGUCUAAUUGGGCUUAAUGAAUUAAAUUUCUAAUAAUUAAUAACUUGAAUGAAUUACUUUGUGAGUGUUAAUAUGAUAAUAAGGUAUACCAAGAAUGAGAUUAUAUUGCUCAUUUACAAAAUAGUUUAUCAUGCUCCUAUCAUUUAAAAAUAAUCCUAAAAUACAUAUUUUUUUUUCGUUCUCAAACCAGCUGGUUUCCUAAGUUUACUGUUUUUAUUCACACACAGCUUAAUCAUCUUUCCACACAAGCAAGAUUUAUGCUGUAAGUUUUCUUUGAGUUUGCAAGUGGGUGCAAAGAGAGAUGUGAGCCAAUAGUAAAUUGAUUUUUAAACCCUGGAAUUUCCAUAUUCCGGACAAAUUUUGUCCUGGAUACAUCUUCCAUUGGAUCCUGGUCUGGGCGUAGGCUGAAAAGCAUUUUAUGGACUUUUCCAAAUAUGUGAGACAUGGAUGUAAACAGAGCAAAAUGUCAGAGACCGUUAUUGACAAUCUUAACGCACUUAACAGCUGACGCAACGUCUGAUACUCGACCAAAGACACACUGCUCUUGGUUUUCACUGCUAAUAUAGGGUCGUUUUAGAAAAUCUGCUGUUUGUUUGCUAAAUAGUACAUUGCUUUGAGAUAAUUAAUAAAGGAAAACGAUCAUUACAGUAGUGCCUGUUUACUCCCUCAGCGAAAACAUUUUAAGUAGUGCUUACUCAUACUUAAUUAUCUCUGUUUAGCAAUAGACAGGCAGACAGAAUAGACAGAUAGAUUGAUAGACAGACAGACAGAGAUGUCCUUACCUACUGGAAGCUAUGUAAAGCAUUAAGAUCAGAUUUGAAUUGUGGGGGUGGAAAUGUAUAUCCUGAAACCACAAGUUCAUCUGUCCAGAGGAUUGUAAAGGGGAAGUCUGGCUGCUUUGAAACAGCUACCUUAAACCAUCUGUGAAAUAGUUUGGUCCAUAAGAGACUCUGAGUGUAUUUUUUUUAGAUCUUUACUCACAAAUGUGCAACACUGUGAAAAUGUCAGGUUCUGCUGAAUCGAUUACCAAACCUGGCAUGUAUGGAACAGAGAUCUGGAAUGGAGCAGAUUCUGCAUGUAGAACAGAAUGGAUAAGGAGAUGGCAAGGAACACGGCUUGCUACCUGACAAUGUACUGUGCACUCAACAUUAGGAUUUCCACUGCUACCAGUCUUACACUUUAAAGUGUCAUGUGAAUACUGCAACUUUACAGAACAUAACAUUUAAACUGCACAUUGUGUUAGCCAGAUUUCUAGAAAAUGUCAGUUCUGGUUUCUACUACCUGGCGUCAUUGGAGGUUGUCAUUCUAGAAUGCUGCGUGGUUGUGUUGCUCACUAAAAAUGUGAAAGUGCUCUAACGUGUUAUUUAACAAUGUUUAACUAUAAAAUAUAUGAUGUCCCAGAGAGCCAAGCUACUCAGUUAAAAAAAACAAAAACAUAAACCUAAUUGGUUUUUAAAAUUAUGAACAUAUAUAUAUAUAUAUAUAUAUAUAUAUAUAUAUAUAUGUAAAAUUAGGGGUAUGGAUUCCCUAGAUGCAGUAAAUGACCUCUCACUGUCACAAGCAAUACAGAACAGAUAUACCAUGAUUCGUGUUCCAUGGAUUGGACCUUCCCCCUCCCUUUUAAAAGCUGGUAAACUACCAGCAUGCAAUCUCAAGGCAUUAGGACACCCUAGGUCCCACUAUGGACAAUCUUCCUCCUCAUGUCUUUAUUUUCCUACUUUCACUUCUCCACUUUUCUCCUCCUAUGCCUACAUACUUCGUUACCAAUACAGCUAGACUACUCGAAAAGGUAACUAGGUUACCUGGUGUCAAGAAAACAACGGUGGUAAAGGGAACUUGGGCCCAGAUUGGGACUGAUGAACUGACGAGACUUCAGCUCAACUGAGCAACCCACACCACCAGUCAUCAGAAAGCUCAGAAUCGGCUGACAAAGAUGGUACACUGCCACCCUCAACACAUAUAGAGCUUCACAGUAAAAAAUAUAGAGUCCAUAAGACACUGCAGCGGGUAGUUAUACCUACCCACAACUAUUGAACAACAUACCUGCACCAGUAAACAUGGGACUAAUAUGGUAACUGCAUUGUAAUUGUAUCAAAGUUGUAUUUAUAUUGUACCUGUUUUAUCAAAAUGCUAUACAUGUAACUGCCAUGUUCAAUUUACAAAAAGCCGACUCUUUUCAGAAGCAUGAUUUUAGGUGAUGCCACUUGUACAGACAUAAACUACAAAUAUCAUGUUCUGUCUCAGGACUGUCUCAAUUUCUGGCACCUAAACCGCCAUCUUUAGGUUGGCUUCCAGGUGUCUCUGGUUGGGGACACCAAGGAACUGUCCCCAGCAAGAGUAAUGCUCGCACAGAAUUAGACUUGCACUGCGGUGAAUAGUGUUAAGGCACUGUACAUGGUCUGUACUGAGUGAGGCCUGCCAGUAAGGCUGUCAGUCAGCAUUCACACCAGGCUGACAUGCUCCUUCUGUGGGCCCUUUCUUUAGGUUUGCCUACCCUCUUUCCUGAUUAUAUAUCUUCUCAUUGUGGAAGUGCACAGAUGCUACUUCUGACCAAAGUAGAAACCUGCAUUCAUAUUGGGGCAAAAUAACUAUGUAUCCCAAUUCUUUUAUUAAUUUGGCACAUAAUAUGAAUAUAUAUUAAAUUAUAAAUAAACAAUGUGUGAAUUAAAGAGCCCAUUUGAAACACUAAAUCUUGGAGAUGCAGAACUGGGUGCAUAAUUUGAGGGUUUUAUCUCUAGCCUAGAAAAUAUCAUUAUUCCAUAAUAUCAAAAAACAGCACCCAUUGCCAUUGCGUUCGAUAUUUAUAGAACUAGUUGUGGCAUCCAAUUAACCCACACCACACAUAUAAUGUUUCUCCAGAGCCCUGAAUGUAAAACUGCUUCAAAUAUAGAAGUGGUAUCUAUCUUUGUAAACCCCUUAAAAAACAUAUAAUGAUUUAUUGACACAGUCCGUUUUAGGGUGUGAUUUUACAUUCUUAAGCAUUUUUCCCUUUUUUUAUGUUUCCAUAGGUGCCAGGAUCCAGAACAUAAGUUGCAGCAAGUUGAGGGUGGUCCAGAAGUGGACACACGGAUUAAGAUGAGAUCUGGUGUCCUUGUCUGUCUGCUCUUCUUGGAGGUGGUCUAUGUGUCCGGACAAGGUUUGUUGCAAUGCCAUAGAGAGAAAGGAUGGACACUGUCUCAUUCUGUCACAAUCUCAAUGACAUACUUGUCAGGUCUAAAGCAAGGCUAAGGAACAUACAUUUCUGUGACACCAAGUGGGUCACAAGAAAAAAAAUUAUAAAGCACACUUGUAUUUUUGCAGCUGCCUGCCAUUAACUUCUCAUUUAUCAUGGAGAUGUUAAUGAUGAUCGAAUGUACCUGUUUUUAUUUCAUGAGUAGACUUGUAAGCACAUUGAAAUGUAUAAUAUUGUGUGAAAUGUGCAACAUAACAGUAUUUUAACAUGUUGGUACGGUUCUUUUUGUAAAAAAUUUUUUUUGGGGGGGUAGGGGGAGAGUUGGUUGGUUUGUUUCCCCAGUAAAUGUAUCUCCGUUCUUCGAAGUGCAAAUUUAGUUCAAAAUGUUGCAGAACAACUUUUUUGUCCAUAAGGGACAGAGAAAUCUAACAAUGAGAAUAUUUAAGAAUGAAAAGCAAGUAGUAGGCAGCACUGGCAUGACAUAGUAGUAAACUGUGUAACUUAAAAGAAAUGUUUCAAAGUACUCUAGAUACGCCAUACAUGAAGAGAAUAUUGUGUGAUUUCAUUAAAAGCCCUGAUUUCUUGUAUUCCUUUGUUUAUCAUUUCACAGAUCCUGGCUAUUUCAUAUUAUAUGUUGGAGUAUUUAUAGUCAAACGGGUUUGUUUUCCUGUUAUAUGUACGCAGAUUAUGUGAGAUGGAAAUAUAGGUGUAUACAUAUUUAGAUAUAAAUGUUAGAAAUCUCAGUUGGCCUUUUUUGGCGCGGAGCAGCUGUUUAGAAUGCCCUCCACAAUUCCCACCCAUGCCUGGAAUUCAACAUUGAGGGGCAUUUUCGUACAUCCUUUUUUAAGACUCUACUGCAUAUCAGGUCUAACUAUAGAGCAGGGAUCAGGUGUCCAAAACUGUAUUUUUGAAGCUUGGUAUUCCUCUGAUGUCAAAUAAAGAAUGAAGAAUUGUCUUUUUUAGGCACUUGACAUUGUAUGAAUUACUGUAUGCUACAUUUGUAAAGAGACAAAAACGUCAGUUAAAUAGGUACUCCCAAUAUAAAAACCCAAUAUAAUCUAUGUCCACUGAUUGUGGGUUGCAAUGCUACAUAGAGCAUUUUACAUAUUAUUACACCUGAUUUCAGCUUUUAAUUGUUUGCUUUAUAUAUAUAUAUAUAUAUAUAUAUUAACCCCAGAAGCAUGUAUGAAUGUUUUUACUUUUCAUUAACUUUGCAAAACAAAAUGAUAUAUAUAAAGUCUCACUCACCUGCAUUUAUACUCUAGACUGAGAGUACCAGACCAGACUGUAGAGCAGUGGUUUGGUUUUUUUUGGAUCAGUGCUGCCCUAGGCAUGACAGACUCGGGUACCCCCUAAUUUACAUUUGCCCCACCCCUUCUGUCAAGGCCACACCUCUUCCUGUUAAAGACUAACACACACUUGACUGACAGACACACACUCUCAGAUACACUGACAUACACACACACACACACUCACUGAUUUUACACAAUCUGACAGACACAAACAAACAAUCACUGACAGACACAUACACACUCAUUGACAUACACACACAAUGAUACAGACACACACACACACUCACUCACUGACAGACACACACACCUCCACACACAUACACACACACAUUCACUGACAGACACACACACACACACUCACUCACACUCACACACAGACAGACACAUACCGUGUACAAUCACUCAGACACACAGGCCCCCUCACAGAAAACACACACACUCACAGACACACACUGACAGACACAUACAAUCACUCGGACAAAAACACAUAUUCACUGACAGACACACACCCACUCACAGACACACACUGACAGACACACACAGUCACUCAGACAUACAGGCUCCCUCACAGACACACACUGACAGGCAUACAAACACACACACACAUACUCACUCACAGACAGAAACACUCACUCACAGACUGACAGACAUACACUCACUUACACACUGACACACACACUCACUCACAGAGACACACUGAUCGAUAGACACGCACACACAUUUAUCCCUCCCCCCAACACUCACAGAUUAUUUUUUUAUUUAAAUUUACAAAUUUGACCUGGGGUCCAGUGGGGCUGCUGGCCAGGCUGUUUGGGCAGGCGUGCAGACAGGUGGGUGGCUAGCUGAGCUGCAGGCGCCGCAGGGAACCGGAAUGUAACAUCAUAUCAGCGCUCCCUCGCCGCCUGCCUGGAGCUCAGCUAACCGCCUGCCCCGAGGCUAACAAGGCAUUAGCCUGGGCAUUUGGGGGCGUUUUUUGCCGCCCCCUGGAAAGUGCCACCCAAGGCAAAUGCCUUGUUUGCCUCACUGCCAAUACAGUGCUGUUGUAGAGGAAUUAAUAUCUCUGCAAGAAACCACUGGCAACUCAUUUGAAAGGGCACUACGAGGACCAUAAGCACUACUGCUCGCUGUAGUGGUUACGGUGCCAGGAAUGCCUUGCCACCCCCCAAUUUGCUAACAGUUUGACACCUUGCUUGGAGUCACCUGGGUGCCAUUAGCUGAUCGGCGAGACUGAGCUCAGUAGAGAGAUUCCGGCUGCAGAGAGGCAGAGAGCGUCAGCAUUAUGUUCAAAUGCAGACAUUAACAUUUUAAUACCCUUUUUCAUAAAGCUCUACUGCUAGUCAUUUGGCUAUUUGACCAUUUUUAUUUUUAUAGUUUAUCACUAUUUUUGUCACACCUACUGCAUGUGAGAAUUUUUUUGUCCAUUAGGUUUUUUUUUAUUAUUAUUAUUGGCAUUUCUACAGCGCCGAGUGGGGAGAUUUAACAAUAAAUUUGACAAUUACAAAAACUUACAGGGACAAUAGGAUGAAGAGGACCCUGCUCAAACAAGCUUACAGUCUAGAGGAUGUAGCAGACUCCAUUCCCUUGUGUUUGAUUGUCCGUACCCCCUUGUUCAUCUCCCGAAUGACUGGUGUGUGGUCCCCUGGUUUUGCCCCAGCGAACACUGACCUCUCCUGGCUGCUAACUACAAAUUAACAACUUGACACCUUUGCUUAAGUGUUUUCCCUGGGUGGCCGCCAUUCGUAUAACCGAAUACACGUGGUCCAGUGCAUGCCCAUUUUGCCUCUCGAACUCAGGCAGCGGUACUUGGUCGUCGAACACCUGGAACUAUUUUCAGCCUCGCAUUUCUGUGAACCUGGGCAACGAUGAUACUGCUGCCCGUCCCACUUCCUGACCAAGUAGACAAACAGCGUUCGGAAGAUAUUAUCUACCGAACAGGGGGAGCAUUCGCUCUAUAGCAGCCUGGGGGAGAAUACCUGUAUUUUUGCUUUGAUACUGAUUUGUGAGAUCCUGUGUGAAUUAUUGCAUGUGAAAAGUCAUUGUAUACUAUCCACAGAUUUUCCUUCCUAUAAAGGAUGAAUGAUUAAUUGUAAAAUAAAAAUAGUGUAAACUUACAUUAUUUAAAUUUGUAAGUUUACCUAAAAAGCAAUCUAUACACAGAUGGGCAGAGAGCAGUUUGCAUGGCACGCCCAUCAAGGGGGCAGGCCCACCCAUCAAAGGGAAGGCCAAUAAAUAUAGAGGGUGGCCUGGCUGACAGGUCCCUGCGGCCUAUUUUUGUCCGGACAGUACCCCAAAAUGCAGAACUGUCCUCUCUCUCUGUAUCUAGAUCAUCCAGGAGGGAUAAGCCAAAUGACAAAUGAUUUAGGUAAACUAGAAAAAUGGUCAGAAUUGUGGCAACUGACAUUUAAUGUGGAUAAGUGCAAGAUAAUGCAUCUUGGACGUAAAAACCCAAGGGCAGAGUACAGAAUAUUUGAUAGAGUUCUAACCUCAACAUAUGAGGAAAGGGAUUUAGGGGUGAUUAUUUCUGAUGACUUAAAGGUAGGCAGACAAUGUAAUAGAGCAGCAGGAAAUGCUAGCAGAAUGCUUGGUUGUAUAGGGAGAGGUAUUAGCAGUAGAAAGAGGAAGUGCUCAUGCCAUUGUACAGAACACUGGUGAGACCUCACUUGGAGUAUUGUACACAGUACUGGAGACCGUAUCUUCAGAAGGAUAUUGAUACCUUAGAGAGGGUUCAGAGAAGGGCUACUAAACUGGUUCAUGGAUUGCGGGAUAAAACUUACCAGGAAAGGUUAAAGGAUCUUAACAUGUAUAGCUUGGAGGAAAGACGAGACAGGGGGGAUAUGAUAGAAACAUUUAAAUACAUAAAGGGAAUCAACACAGUAAAGGAGGAGACUAUAUUUAAAAGAAGAAAAACUACCACAACAAGAGGACAUAGUCUUAAAUUAGAGGGACAAAGGUUUAAAAUAAUAUCAGGAAGUAUUACUUUACUGAGAGGGUAGUGGAUGCAUGGAAUAGCCUUCCAGCUGAAGUGGUAGAGGUUAACACAGUAAAGGAGUUUAAGCAUGCAUGGGAUAGGCAUAAGGCUAUCCUAACUAUAAGAUAAGGCUAGGGACUAAUGAAAGUUUUUAGAAAAUUGGGCAGACUGGAUGGGCCGAAUGGUUCUUAUCUGCCGUCACAUUCUAUGUUUCUAUGUUUCUAUUACAUUUUUUUUCCAAUAUAAUAUCCAUGUUGUUGUUACAAGCUCCCACUGAGUUACUGAUUAUUGAUUAUAUAAAACUGUGAAAUUCCCCACAAAACAAAUCUCAAAAAGAUUCUGCAAAAUCAAGUGAGGUCUGUCCAGUUCCCACGGGAGCUCCCACAAGGGCAUUUAUUUUACCUUUUGUCCAGAAACAGUAAUGAAAGCCCUAUUCAUAGAGGCUUGCAGUCUAAAAGAAAGAGGGGAAGGAUCACACAAUUUGUAAAUUGCAAGCUAUCAACAUUUUAAGCAUUCAGAAUAGGACAGCCAUGAAGCCAUAGCACAACGUGUAAGCCUGCCAUAGGAUGUUUAAAAACUUUGGGGCUCAUUCACGAAUCAGUGAGUUGGGGUGACUUUAAAGACAAGUGAAAUGUAUGUUAAAAUUUACUGUUUGGGCAAAAACCCUCAAAUUGUGCAAACCUGGGGAAGUUUCCCAACUCCGUUCUUUUAAAUAAACCUCUUGUGUGCAGAAUGAGACUGAAAGCCAAUGUUUGUAACCGUUUAAUGCCAGUUUUGCCCUGUCAUGAUUUUCAGGUUCCAAGAAACCUGAUGCUGUGUUAAAUCACUCUACCAGAAGAAUACGAGUGGGGAAGAAGAUUAUUAGCCCCCUGGCAAAGAUCAAGACAGAAGGUAUGCAAUACUCUGUUAAUUCUCUGUGUCACAGAUGCAAAUAUUUAGAGGUUAAUCAAGCUUAGAAAACGCACAGCAACAUUCCUUGAGAGAUGGUAAUGAGCCGAAUUUUAGGAUAUUCCUGUCGAAGUACCAGAAGGUUAAUGAAAUUAAAUAAACCACUGAUUGCAGAGAAAUUAUAUCCUAAAAUAAGUUAAGCAUAAUUACUUUCAUAAGAUGUGCUGACUUUCUUAAUACUAGCCUUACUUACUGAAGUUUAAGAUUUGCAAUAAUCUAAUAAAAGCUAAACAAAGAUGCUGGGCAGUCAUAUUUUCAAUAUCAACCAUGUUUUGAAUACGUUAAGUAUCAAUAGUAAAAACAAAUUGUUACAAUGUACUAUGUACAAACAUUUCCAUACUCAUUUAAGGCAGUUAUUAGUUUGCCAAAGAGAAAAGUUACUUGCACGCUAUCCCAAAUCCCUAUGCCCACCCCAUGUGUUCCAUAGUAAGAGUUAAUAAGUGGUUUGGAAAAAUACCCCUCUCUGUCUUAUUAGAGAUUUUAUCUUAUAGCUUAAAGCAGCAAGGUGAAUGUCAGUGUAGCACAGAGGCGAUACUAGAAACUACAGAGCCCUGGUGCAAAAAUUGCACUGCCCCCCUCCGCCCCUCCAUUUGUAUACUAUAACACAUACAGAUAGAUACACGGCCACACAUAAUGACACACAUUCAGAUACACAGAAUGACACUUCUACAGAUACAAACAUUGACACACAUACAGAUACAUAGGGGCACACACUGAAACACAUGCAGACAUACAGAUACACAUACAGACAAACAGAUACACAUACAAACAGAUACACAUACAGACACAGAACACACAUGUGGAUACAUAGACACACAUGCAGGCAGAUACACCUAUAGACACACAUGCGGAUACACAGACACACUUAAUGACAAACAUUCAGAUACACAGAAUGACACGCAUACAGAUAUAAACUGUGACACAAACAGAUACAUAGGGAAACACACUGACACACAUGCAAACAGAUACACAUACAGACAUACAGAGACCCAUACAUACAAACAGAUACACAUACAGACCCACAUGCAGACAGAUACAGACAAAGAUACACAUACAGACACACAUGCAGACAGAGACAGAUACAGACAUUCACACACUUACAUAUAGUCACACACAUAGAGACAUACAGAUACAGACAUUCACACACACACACAGAUACAGACAUUCACACACACACACACACACACACAUUCACACACAGACACAGAUACAAACAUUCACACACAUAGGUAAUUCAUUGCCAUCAGAUGGCCCCAUGAGCAUCGGCACCUUCAAUGCAGCCACGGAUGGUUGCUCCACGCGGCUGGGGCUACACCACAAUUCCAGUUUUUUUAGUUAACUCCAAUGGCCAUGAGAGGACAAGCCCACCUGCCAACCUCAUUGUCAUUGCUGCCGCCCAGUGAUGGGAGUGAGCGCAGGACUUAUCUUUCUGCAUUUGUAUCCAUUUUUUGUAUCACUCAGCCUUGUUGCAAUGCAGCCGCCCAUCCCAUGUGUUCCCUAUUAAGGGUUAAUAAUAUAUAGGGGUGUAUACAAAAAAAAUACCCCUUUCAUUAGAGAUCUUUGCCAGAAGCUCAAGGAAGUAAGGUGAAUGGUUAGAGUUAGGACCCACCUGAGGGGGGUCUGCCUUGAUGUUGGCAGGUGGGCUUGCCCUCUCUCGGCCAUUGGAGGUAACUAAAAAACCUCCAUUUGUUUAAAAAUACAUAGGGAUUAAGGAGAGAGCGCAGGUAACGUGUUUUUCUUUGGUUUUUACUAUAUAUUGGGGCUGAUGUGUACUUUAGUCAUUGCUGCCGCCCAGUGAUGGGAGUGAGCGAAGGACUUAUCUUUCUGCAUUUGUAUCCAUUUUUUGUAUCACUCAGCUUUGUUGCAAUGCAGCCGCCCAUCUCAUGUGUUCCCUAUUAAGGGUUAAUAAUAUAUAGGGGUGUAUAUAAAAAUACCCCUUUCUGUCUCAUUAGAGAUCUUUGCCAGAAGCUCAAGGAAGCUUAAGGGAGGGGGAGGUCUGCCUUGACGUUGGCAGGUGGGCCUGUCCUCUCAUGGCCAUUGGAGGUAAAUAAAAAACCUCAAUUUGUUUAAAAAUACAUAGGGAUUAAGGAGAUAGCGCAGGUAACUUGUUUUUCUUUGGUUUUUAUGUUACAUGUCCUACUGUAUGAGAUUUCAUCUGUAACAUGUGACAUUUUAACAUCUUAUUUUUUUCAUCGAUCAGAGCUUCAGGAAUGGACCACUUGGACCACUUGGUUUAACAUUGACCACCCAGGAGGCAAUGGGGAUUAUGAGCGCUUGGAUGCUAUAAGGUUUUACUAUCCAAACAGAGUAUGCCAGAAACCUCUCCGUAUGGAGGCACGUACAACAGAAUGGGUGCCAGCAGGGAAGACAGGAGAAGUGGUGCAUUACAGUCUGGUGAAGGGAUUCUGGUGUAUCAAUAAGGAGCAAGAAGAGGGCAAAAACUGUUCCAAUUAUUCAGUUCGCUUUCUCUGCCCAGUGGGUGAGUUAAAUAAUUUGUUAAUAUUAAUCUGGAAGAGUAUACAGUGACAGAAAUUAGAUAACAAACACAAACUACAAACAUAAACUGAGUUGCAAAGAGAAAGCCUUUAAUGAUCAUUUACUAGACGACCUAUUGUGAACUGUGGUGAACUGGAACCUCGGUUGCAAAAUGUAGAUCAAAAGAGCCGUGAUGGAAAUAUUGCUGAAUUGCAGAAUUGUCCUGACUCCAAUAUUUUACCCUAAACUUUGCAAUGUUUAAUCAAUAAAAACAAGGUCUACAAAAAUAAUAUCAGAAACAAGCACAUGAACUAUAAAUUGUAUAAAAUGAAAUAGAUUGCCUGCAUACACCUUCGUCUGGGGAAUAGUUUAAAAUGUAGUUGUCAUGCAAAUAAUAUGGCUUUACUUUAAAGAUUAUAAAAUAUAUACUAAAUAAUAUUAUUUCUGGCACACAUAUCAGUAAUCUGUGACUAUGUUUUAUUGGCGGUUAUUUUUGUACAGUGUGACACCCACAGCCUAAGGAUUACAUUAAAAACCAUGACCAUUACAGUUGGUGCAUGUGCAUUUAAUUAUUUCCACAGUGGUGGUCAUUUUGGAGGAAGCACAAUGGCCCUCAGGAAUGUACAGUAUAUCUUGUAAACAGACAUGAUUUUUCUAUAAACAAUGUAUUAACAAUGAAAUCCACUUGGAAUUGAAGGCAAAAUAGUCAAACUGGAACAUUUCUACAUCUAACCUGUGACUCCAGCUCAGCUAUUUUGGCCUUAAAGGAUCACUAUAGUGUCAGGAAAACAAAGUGGUUUUCCUCCCACUAUAGUGCCCUGUGGGUGCCCCCACCCUCAGGGUCCCCCUCCCAUGGCGCUGAAGGGGUUAAAACCCCUUCAGCUACUUACCUUAUUCCAGCGCCGGGCUCCCUCGGCGCUGGUGACCUCUCCUCCCCCACCGACGUCAGCUCCCCCGUCCGACGUCAGUGGAGUAGAAUGCGCAUGUGUGGCAAGUGCCGCGCGCGCAUUCAAAGUGUCCAUAGGAAAGCAUUUCUCAAUGCUUUCCUAUGGACGCUCUGCGCGAUGGAGGCGAAAUGUGCCUCCAGCGUCGCAGAUGCGCCUCUAUGGCUGUCAGGAAGACAGCCACUAGAGGCUGGAUUAACCUCAAAUGUAAACAUAGCAGUAUAUCUGAAACUGGUAUUGUGACGAGACCAAUCUCGCCACAUUGCAUUGGAGAAGCCUGGUUGCUCGCCUGCUGCCUUUGGACUAUGGCCCCCUUUUAAAAGACUUUAUUUUUGCCUGCAGAAAAGCUGUAUUCGUGCUUUUCUGCCUGGGGUUCAGUAGAUUUGUUUGAAGGUGUUAUACCCCAGAUAGGAAUCCCAUGGAGCCCAUUUGUAUGAAACUGACUGUAAAGACUUUGGCUCCAUGGUGAUUAAACUGUAUUUGUGUGGUCCGAGCGCCAUUCACUUAAUAAUGUGCGCUCAGACCUGAGCUAUCUGGGGAUAUGUGAAAUGUCUAUGUUUUAUGUAUAAAUGUGACUUUAUGUAUUUUAAAGUGCUUUGUGUCUUUUUGCAACCAUGUGCUUAAUGGAGUCUUGUGUCUGUCCUGGGAGAUAAUUGAAUUACUUAUCUCCAGGAUAGAAGACUCUGAAACUGGUUUGGGCCAGAAAGCCAUGCUUCAAUUAGUCACAAAGGACUUUUUACUAACUGUUGAACCCCUUGUCUGAUUUGUGCCAUUUUUGAAUAUGUUGUUCCCCUGAAUGGAUUGAUUGAGAAUAUGUAAUUUUAUGUGAAUGUGAUGUAUGGUUUUGGAGUUAUGAAAGUUGGGUAGAAAGUAUGUUUUAACUGUUUGUAUAAUUGGGUUUCCUCUCAGGAUAAGGGGAGGGAAUAUGUGGGAUGUAACUGUGAUAUGAUUGGUUGUUUUAUCCCUCCCUGUGGGUGGUCCUGUAUUUGAAACACUGUAAUAAAACCAGGCUGGGUGUGCCAGCACCUCAGACCACUGCUUGACCCUCAACACGGAGCCUUGUCUCGUUCUUGGGGGGGGAUUCACUGUAUGCUGUUAGAGACUGAUUGCCAGGAGUGUAAGCUGAUUGUCUGCUUUUCCUGUUCGUCUGCUAGCAGCUAUUUGGGAGGUUCCAGUUCGGGAGUUUGGUAUUCUGCAGUAGCUGUGCCUGUAUCUCUGGAAAGGGGGCCGAUCGCCUAAACGUUUUUUACCCCUUGUGUGCAAAAUGGUCCGUUACAAUUGGUGGCAAGCAGCGGGAUCGUUCCUACAACCAGAAGGACAGCUACAGGAGACACCAUUCCGUGGAUUUUACAAUUUGAGGGCAACGCAUUUCUCAGUACAGCGACCCUGACAGCAACAGAAUGGAACCAGCAGUGGAGUACAGAUACUCUGUACAGGAAUUUGACCGUAUGAUGUGGUUGCGGCUGAACUUCUACGGGCCUAAUCCAGCUGAGAAAUUCGUGAAGUUCGUGAGGAGUCUAGUAUUCAAGACUCUGCUGUACCGGGCAGAGGGUGACGGUCAGCUGCCACGGUGGGUGGACCUCCACCGGCAACUACAGUUGCGGGACAGAGAGAGCCCAGUCUCCUCUCCCCAGCGGCAGUGUGAUAUGCAGGGAAUUGGGAGCCCAGUCUCCAUUCCCCAGCGGCAGUGUAAUAUGCAGGGAAUUGGGAGCCCAGUCUCCAUUCCCCAGCGGCAGUGUGAUCUGCCGGGAAUUGGGAGCCCAGUCUCCAUUCCCCAGCGGCAGUGUAAAGUGCAGGGAGAGGAGAGCAGCGUCCUCCCUCCCCAGCGGCAGGCUGAGUUACAGGGGGCGGAGGUAGUUGUUCCUGCCCCCCAGCAGCAGAGUGAUAUGCCGGGAAGGCAGUGUGAAGUGCAGGGAGAGGAGAGCAGCGUCCUCCCUCCACAGCGGCAGGCUGAGUUACAGGGGGCAGAGGUAGUUGUUCCUGCCCGCCAGCAGCAGAGUGAUAUGCCGGGAAGGCAGUGUGAAGUGCAGGGAGAGGAGAGCAGCGUCCUCCCUCCCCAGCGGCAGGCUGAGUUACAGGGGGCAGAGGUAGUUGUUCCUGCCCCCAGCAGCAGAGUGAUAUGCCGGGAAGGCAGUGUAAAGUGCAGGGAGAGGAGAGCAGCGUCCUCCCUCCCCAGCGGCAGGCUGAGCUACAGGGGCAGAGGUAGUUGUUCCUGCCCCCCAGCAGCAGCGUGAUUUUUUGGGAAUUGGGAGCCCAGUCUCCAUUCCCCAGCGGCAGAGUGAUGUGCCGGGAAUUGGGAGCCCAGUCUCCUAUUCCCCAGCGGGAGAUACAGCAGGGAAUUGGGAGCCCAGUCUCCAUUCCCCAGCGGCAGAGUGUCCUACCGGAAUAGAGAGCCCAGUCUCCUUUCCCCAGCAGCAGGACACUGUAUUGGGAGCAGAGACAGUCGGUCUCCCUCCACAGAGGAUGAAAGUAUGUAUGGGAGAGGAGCUUGCUACCACCUCUCCCCAGCGGCAGAUCAUUAAUGGGCAGGAAAUAGAGAGCUCAGUCUCCUUUCCCCAGCGGCAGAGUGUUCUAUCGGGAGAGGAGCUGUUACCCCCUCUCCCCAGCGACAGCUUAGAGUAUCCAAAGGGGAGACAGUCGGUCUCCCCUCCGGCAGCAGAGCUGUGCAACAAAAGGGGAGACAGUCGGUCUCCAGCAGCAGAGCUGUGUACUAAAGGGGAGACAGUCGGUCUCCAGCAGCAGAGCGGUGUAGUUAAAGGGGAGACAGUCAGUCUCCCCCUCCAACAACCAGGCUUCAACCAGGCUACCCUCCCAGUAGCGCUGGCAACAGGGCAGAGUGCCGCUGGUCUCUGCCCACGCAGCAACCCACCCAGUCAGCGUACACGUACCCAGCACAGCCGUGGUGAGGCACCUAGACAUGGACAAGCUUCUCCUUUACCCAGGUGUAGUAACCAUUUAUUGUGGGUGGGCUGUGCUGUUGAUUAUGUUUUGUGGGUGGGCUGCUGGACUAACAAGGGCACUGACCGGCAGGAGGUCAGAUACCCUAUUAGUCUGUUUGGAAAAGGGGAGAGAUGUGACGAGACCAAUCUCGCCACAUUGCAUUGGAGAAGCCUGGUUGCUCGCCUGCUGCCUUUGGACUAUGGCCCCCUUUUAAAAGACUUUAUUUGUGCCUGCAGAAAAGCUGUAUUCGUGCUUUUCUGCCUGGGGUUCAGUAGAUUUGUUUGAAUGUGUUAUACCCCAGAUAGGAAUCCCAUGGAGCCCAUUCGUAUGAAACUGACUGUAAAGACUUUGGCUCCAUGGUGAUUAAACUGUAUUUGUGUGGUCCGAGCGCCAUUCACUUAAUAAUGUUCGCUCAGACCUGAGCUAUCUGGGGAUAUGUGAAAUGUCUGUGUUUUAUGUAUAAAUGUGACUUUAUGUAUUUUUCUCCCCCCUCCCUGUCAAUUUAUUUCUCCCCCACCCGUGUCAAUUUAUUUCUCCCCAUCAAUUUAUUUCUCCCCAUCAAUUUCUUCCCCUGUCAAUUUCUUCCCCGUCAAUUUCUUUCCCCGUAAAUUUCUUUCUCCCUGUCAUUUCUUUCUCCCCAAUGUCAAUUUAUUCCCCAUCAAUUUAUUUCCCCUGUCAAUUUAUUUCUCCCCGUCAAUUUAUUCCCCUGUCAAUUUCUUUCUCCCCCCUCCCUGUCAAUUUAUUUCUCUCCGUCAAUUUAUUUCUCCCCCAAUUUAUUUCUCCCCAUCAAUUUCUCCCCUGUCAUUUCCCCGUCAAUUUCUUUCUCCCCCCUCCCCUACCUCUGUUGUAGCGUGGCCGAGCCCUAUAUGGUCCGCGGGUACAGGGAGCUUUUGUUUCCUGUACCCGGUCGGACUACAAGGAAGUGCACACUCAGUGCGCACUUCCUGUUAGUCCAGCCGGGUACAGGAGACAGAUGCUCCCUGUACGCACAGACCAUACAGGGCUCGGCCAUGCUACAGUGAGAGAGUGACAGGAGGGAGCGUUGAUCGCUUCCCUCCUGUCAGCCCCUCUCCUCAUGCUGCGCCCGGGCGGUGUGCCCUCAUGGACGCACCAGCCCGGCCAAAGCUGCAGCCGCCUGAGGCUCUCUACUGAGAGCUCGCACAGCUGCUGCAUGAGGGGGGACGGCGUUCCUGACGGCUGCCUAGUCCGCCUAACAGGUAGCGCCGGCCCUGGGGGGAGGUGCUCCCCUUCCCAGUCUGCCCCGCAUGAUUUGCUGGGGGGGAUGCGUCCCCUCCAUCCCCCCCGGUUCCUACAACCAUGCCUCCAUCCACUCAGAUCUGCUGUCAGCAGAGCACAGAGCAGCACUGUGCACAGCAUCCUGUGAUUCAGUAUCUCCUCCCACUGCAUGCAGAUACUGAACUUUCCUCAUAGAGAUUCAUUGAUUCAAUUCAUCUCUAUGAGGAGAUGCUGAUUGGCCAGGGCUUUGAAUCAUGCUGGCUCUGCCCCUGAUCUGCCUCCUUGUCAGUCUCAUCCAAUCCUAUGGGGAAGCACUUUGAUUGGAUCAGGCCACCACUUCUGAUGAUGUCAGCAGACUGUUUUGUGUUUUUUUAGACAAACCGCAUGCAGAGUUACAGCUUCUGGCUUGAAUACAGUAAGAUUUUUACUAUAUUUAUGGAGGCAUGAGGGGCCCAUGGUGGCUAGAUGGUGGUGUUAACACUAUAGGGUCAGGAAUACAUGUAGUUGCACUGGUGACUAUAGUGUCCCUUUAAUGGUAGAUGGGUUUAGUUUAAUCUGUAGAUAUGCACCUGUUGUUUUACAAUUCUCUUUAUCUCAAUAUGGAAGUAAUGUUGAGAGAUUGAGAUGAUGGUUCAGUUAUAUUUACAGUUUUUGCCUGGUAAUUCUAUAAGCAGUACAGCUUUCAUCGGAGAACGCUUCAGCUUUUCCACCCGGAAGAACGUCUAGUAUUCUUGUGAUGUCAUGGUGAAUUGUAGUAUAUAAAGAGAAUGUUAGCUCAAACAGAGACACUUCAAAGGCUUGGCACACUUGCUGAUAACUUUUUUAUGUAAGGCACAAAACCAGGAUACACCACUGGUUGCGGCAGUUACCACGGCAACGCAUUAAAUCUCGCGAGAGUGAACUCUAGCCCUGGAGCGCGGGCUAGAGUUCACUCCUACCACUGGGACCACCAGGGAAUCCCCACCGGACCACCAGGGACUAAGAAAUGUCCCCCCUCCUCCCAGUAAAGGUAAGAAGGGAGGGGGGGACAUAACAAAUUUUAUUUAAAUUAAAUUAAAUAAAUAAAAAAAACAUAUAAGAAGGGUUUGGGGGCUUUUUUAUGUGUUGUUUUAAAAAAAAAAAAUUAUGUAUGUAUGUGGGAAGUGUAUGUGUGUGGGGGGCAAUGUGUGUGAUAAGAAGGGUAGGGGGAUUUUUUUUUAUAAUCACACACACACAUUGCUCCCCCCCCCUCCCCACACACACAUACACUACCCCCAUACACACACACUGCCCCAUACACACACACACUGCCCCACAUACACUGCAAUCCUCACACACACACACACACACACUGCAAAUGUCACACACAAAUACUGACCCACACACACACUGCCCCCCUAACACACACACACGGCACCCCUGACAUAUACUGCAUCCCUCACUCACACACUGCAACCUUCACACACACACACACACACACACACUGCUCACACACUGCCCCCCUCACAAACACACUGCACCCCUUACACAUUGCACCACUCACACACACCACUGCUCCUAUGCCCUACUGCAGCCCCAUUUCCCAGCAGACCUCAGGUAAGUUGUCAAACUGUUCUUAAACGGUUUCACUACUUACUCUGGGAGGGGGCCUGGCACUAUUGACACCAUAACCACUACACUGAGCUGUAGUUGUUAUUGUAUCUGGAUUAUUUAUUUAAAUAAUCUACAAGUGCCCCUUCCGAGAUCAGGCUCUGGAUCCGCCAAUGUCUGCCACACUAUACACAAAUAUUGGCACAUAUUGAAAUAGAAGAUCAGAAAAUGAAAGGGAAAGUUUGAGGUUUAAAAAGCUUCUUUGAAUUUCCAAUUUGUUUCAUUUUUUUUUCACCUGCCUAGCAGUAUCAAAGCACAGAGUAGCAUGAUGGUGAAUUAUGACACUUGAUAUAGUCCUUUUAGCAACCAGUAUCAUAACCUAGCUGUUCAGAUCCUAAGAAUUGUUCAGGAAGAAUGACCUCAGACAUUACUGAAUUACAUAGGUGGGCAAUUAAAAUAGUAUGCAGAAACACUAAAAUAACAAUUUAUUGGACACAAGAUGCCAAGAGUUAAAGGAACACUGUUGUCAUUUUUUUUUCAAAUCUUAAUAUAUUUGUGCUAAUGAGCAUUAAGCAUUGGGUCAGAUUAUCACUCAUCCCUCUGAUGGUGCAUCAACAUGACUUUAAGUAAGAGUGAGAGUGAAAAGGAGGGAGCUGGUUUCUUCAGAAAUCUCAAUAUACAUUUAGUAAAAAAAAAAAAAGACUAAGAAAUUGAUAUGUUGUAGCAUAAAGAUUAUACUAAGAUAGUAAAAAAAAAAUAAAAAAAUGAUGACAAUGUUAAUUUAAGGAACCGAGAUACAUUUUUCAUUACAGCUUGCAUUGAGGUCUAUUGAUUCCAAGGUUCUGUCUUUUUUUUAACUCUGUUGGUUACUUCUUCUCACUUGGUCUGUGAACUAAAUGAUGUAAAAAUGCUCCUAUCAGUGUACUGCAAAAUAUAACAUAGUAUUUACAAAAUGUGUCCAAAUUAAAAGGCCACAUUGGAAAAAUCCAACUAGUCAGAAACACUGAAUUUUUCGAUAUGCACAAGUCUACUAGUUACUGUAAUGUAGUAUUACAUUUCUUAAAGCAAGUAUCUUAAAUCUAGUGUAUUUGCUUUUAAACCUUCGUGGGUACAGGUGAAUAGGUAAGUACCUGAUUGCUUGAGAAAUAACAUCCCUCUCAGCCUCAUUCGUAUUUUCAGUGCAAAUUAAUUUUAAAAGGAAAGGCAGUAAAGGAUGUUUCGCGUGUAUUAGAUCCUAGGCCUUUGUGAUGAAGCAAACAGUUUAAUGAUGUUUACACAACAGACAAAAAGUUCAUGGGGAUAUUGUAAAGAUAUAUCAUUGAAUGCCAUAUGGUACAGUUUAUCUACAGUUGACAUUUUGUAUCUCCUCUCUUCAGCCUGCGAUAUCAGCUGUUCUGUAGGCCAAGUGAGUGCAGACUGCAAUGUUUGUGAGUGCAAGAAUCACAUUCUAUAUGGCACCGUCACCCUUCCUGAUGGCGCACCUGCUGCCGGAGUCAACGUCUACGUCAUGGGGAAGAAACCUAAAUUUGAAGCAGUAUCAGAUGCCCACGGACAGUUCCAAGUGUCAAAAGUCUGUCCUUACAAUGUAUUGCAGUUAAAAUUAGAAAAGUAUGCGGUCGUCCAUGUAAAAGUUCCUCAGAGUAACGGUACAUCAUCCAUUCAAGUCUCUUUUAAGAGAAAAGGUAAAAUUACUGGAAAACUCAUAUUAUAAUGGAGUCAAAGAAUGUCAUAAAAAUGUGUGAUACAUGUAUUUAACAAUUCUUAUAUAGCUCCUCUAUCUAAAGUAAUUUAGCUUAGCAAUGAUAGAAAGAUAGGUAAUUCCAUACAUAUGCUCAGAAACCAUUUUGGUGACAUAGGGAACCUGUCAUGCAAUCUAUUCAGUGACCUCAUAUUUUUGCUCACCACAAACCUUAGGUAUUCAUUCUUAUUAAUAAUAUCUAUUAUUUAUCUAGCUCAGGGGUAGGCAACCUUCGGCACUCCAGAUGUUGUGGACUACAUUUUGCUUUGCCAGUAUUAUGGCUGUAAGAGCAUAAUGUGAGAUGUAGUCCACAACGUCUGGAGUGCCGAAGGUUGCCUACUCCUGAUAGUUUUCUCUAUGUUUGUGUCAAAUAUUUGAUCCUUUUUGAAAGAAAGUAUCUAGAUUAGUAUUAGCAUUAGUACAUUUUUUCAGUGGGCUUUGUACUGUUCUAAUACUGUCAUUUAAAAAAACGAUACUGAGGCUUAUCUUUAUUUUUAUAAUCUAUUGGUCAUGUUGAACAGGGACCUUGUCUGUGGCACAGGCAGCCAAAGUUGGUAGAUUCAUCAUUUGCCCAUGCACAUUUUUAUUUGUAAAAUAAAUACUUUCAAUACUAUCAUUAACAGAGCCCGAACAUGUUUUCUAUUACUAACAAAUCUUAUUUAAUAUCACUCUGUUAGUAUAAACUUGCUUCAAUAUACUUUUUUGUUUAUCAUAAUGUCUUUAUAGGAAAGCCUUACAUGUUGGAGAAUCCCACGAGCAAAGUUAGGAGAGUGGGGCAAAGUGUGACAUUCUGUUGUGAAGCUAAAGGGGAGCCAGCCAUUGAACAGUAUCUCUGGUGAGUCAUGAUAACACCACAGAAACUAACUACUGUAUUGGAUGCAUCAUCACUGGAAACCCUGGAUAUCAAAACUCUGGGCCAACAAACAAUAUUUUAAACAUGUCAAGUACACGUUAGCCUUAUUUUCUCUGUGCUGAUAUAGUUUUAUCAUAUGUUGCCAGGUCCACCCUUGGAUGGAAUAAAAAUAAUAUCUAGAAAAAUAUGGCAUGGCAUGGCAUGGGUAGAAAGGCACAAAUGGGGAACAUGAGACGAUGGACAUAAGGGAGGAUAAGGGCAGAGGGACAUAAGGUGGGGACAGGAAGAGAAGUACUCAAAUGGGUAAAUAUGGGCCAAGGGGCAUACAAUGUUGACGGGGCAGAGGAACACAAUUAGGGUACAUGGGCAGAAAGACACAAAUUACAGAUAUGAGUAGAGGGUCAUAAGUGGAGGAUAUGGGCAGAGGGACAUAAGGGGGAUGAGGAGAUAUGAACAGAGGGACACUGGAUUGGAAAAUGGGCAGAGGGACACAAUUACAGGAUAUGGAAAGAAGGACCCGAGGUCGGAUGAGAGGAUAUGGGUAGAGAGACAUAAGUGACAGAAAGAGAGGAAUAUGUGAAAAAGAUCACAGUUGGCAUGUACAAAUGAAUAGAGGGGGUGGAGAGAGAUAUAAAGAGGCAGAUGGGUGAAGUGCACUAGUAGGGAAUAAUCGGUAUAGACAAACAUAAUGCAUAAACACACACCUGCAUACAUUGAUCCCAACCUAUUACUUCACUGCAUUUACACACUAGCAUUACAUUACAUUUCUGAGCCAUGUCAAAAUAAGAGUAUUCUCUAAACUACAAACAUUAGAAAACAUAAAUCUGAAUUGCAAAAUUAGGGCUAAUAUAUGACUAUAGCUCACCUGGAGAAUGUCUUUAAAUCAGCUUUGGUCCAUGUUAUGGUGCAAGGAAGUCCCCGGUCGCUGGCUUAACUCAAAGGAUUAAACUGUUAACAAAUGGUUUAACCUCAAAGUGUUGAAUUUGGUGCCCCUGUCCAAGGCUUCCUGAUCCAAGCCUCGGACAGUGGAGGAUGUUUGUGUGUAAAGUGAUUGUGCACCACAUUGGGGUUAAACCAUUCAAUAAAAGUUUAAUCCCUUGAGGUAAGUCACUGCCCGGGGAUCUUCUCGCACCAUAACAAUUUAAUUCUGAUGAUGUUGAUAUGGUGCCCAGAGGAUUCCUUUAAUAUAUAAAUCGGUUUUAAAUUCAAUCCAGGGUUAAGUGAAUAACUUACAGUAUACAGAAUAACUGACAGAAAUGUGCAUUCUACUUUAAGUGUUGUUGUUUUUUUUUUUUUUUGUUGACCUGCAAAUAAAUAAUCUAACAGUGUCCCUUCCGAAAUUGGGCUCUGGAUCUGACCAUGCUAACAACUCCAUCUACACACAAUGUUUAUUUUUCAUGAUGAAAAUGAAAUAAUUUAUAUGCCAAAGGGAGACUCCUUGCAUCCUUUCAUCAAAACCACUACAAGUAGCUUUGUGGUUAUGGUGUAAGGGGAGAGGGGCGUAGUUACUCUUUUGUCAAACUUCUUUCAACCAAGUGCCUUCCGAGGUUCACAUUCUCUGCCUGUGAUAUUAUAUUAGUUUAUGCUCUGAAUUAAAUUUACAAUCACUAUCACAAUAAUAGCUUUAAUGUGUCUACAUCUCAUAUUUCUGGGUAUGGAAACAGUAUUACAAAUGGAUGGAGAAUUAAAAGUUUUUCAAUAUUUUUAUUACUCUCUUCUGUCACUUUUUGUUGUAAAGGUAUCACAAUGGAACUCUGCUGAACCAAAACAUGCGCAAAAAUAGUAACCAGCUGGUCUUGCGCAAACUGCAGAUAAGCCAAGCGGGAGAGUAUUACUGCAAGGCCAAGAACGAGGCAGGAUUUGUGAAAUCCCAGGCUGCCACACUUACACUGAUUGGUAAGCAGGAAUAAUGCGCAGAGCUAUGCUGAACAACGUGUAAAUGUACAAUAGUAGAGUAAAUGUACAAUAUUGAUAAUAAUUGAGUAGAUUAAGUUUUUUUAACUUUUCAAUUCUUUAUUUUAUUUGGGUCACAUCAAAUCAUUAAUGACACAAUACAAUAGUUCAAAAUACCCAAAUAUUUUUAAACAAUUAAAGAGGCACUAUAUGUACACUCUGCAUGAGGACAACCAGCAUCAGUGAAAUCCCCAUAGAGGCAAAGCUUUCCUUGCACUCACCGCGCAUGCACAUUAGGCCCCCCCCUUCAGAUGACAUUGGGAAGAGACGGUGCCCCAAACAGGCCUGAAAGACAUUGGUGCUGGAAUUAAACCCGUUCUGUGCUAGAGGGGGGGGUCUGCAAGGGAGGGGGAGACCAGAGGGCUAAUACUAUAGAAUCCCUUUAAAUGUUUACAGAGCAUUGACAAGUUAAUUAGGCAUCUACAUUCAGUAGCUUAUGUUUCGUUAUGAGUUAAAAUCUUUUGAACACUGCAAACAUUAUGCCAGUUGUUUUUGAUGUGGAAAACUUCCACACACAUCUUUUCCCAUUUUUUUCCAUUUGCACCCCUCCUACUUACCUAUUGGUAAGUAAUCCUUGGUGGUCCAGUGCAGACCACACUGGGUAGGGAAAUCCAUUGUAGUUUGGAUGGGGACCAUUACUUAGCCCCUCUAUCAGGUGAAGCUCACUUUAAUAGCUCCCUGCUAGUCCUGAUGAGAAGUGCCGGGACUGAGAGGGAGCUCUUAAAGUGAUCUUCACCUGAGGUACCGACCAACGGUUCCCCACCAGACUACCUUGAGGUAGUCAGGAGCUGCAUGGUCGAGGUAAUCCCUGUCAAAGACAGAGACAGAGGUCCAGGCUUGCCUAUGAUGUCUUAUGGGUAAUCCAGCUACUAUAGUGGUUAUGGUGCCACAAGUGCUCUAGUAAUCCCCCACCCCCACAAGUGAGUAGUCAAACCGUUAUCUAAAUUUUUGAAUGCUGGUCUGGAGUCCUCCUGGCUAAAUCAGAUUUGUUGUUGGAAAUCAAUAGACUGCUUAUGAUGCUACUACUAUGAUGCAAAACAUCUAAGUAAAGGUACUCAAGGGUGUUGUAUUUAUACUCUCUAAUUCAUGUAUGCAAUCAUUAUUUCAGUUCAACCACAUUAACAUAUUCUCAUAUUAAUAAUUUAUCUGCAGCUGAACAAGCUCUGUCCUGCAAACCAAAACCCGAAGAACAUCUUAUCCGACUCCCUCAUGACUGCUUUCAAGAUGCCACAAAUUCCUUAUACUAUAAUGUGGGAAAGUGCCCUGCCAGUGGUUGCCCUGGGGAUCUGGACAAUGGAUUACGGUGUAAAGACGCAGUGCCCUAUUGCUGUGGAAUCACAAAAACAGAGGUCAAAGUGAUAACUUGUCAGGGUUAUACACUUCCUAUUAAGGUGGCUGUACAAUGUGGUUGCCAAAAGUGUACAGAGAGUAGAAUAAUUGUCCGUGGGAGAGCAAUUGCAGCUGAUACUGGGGAGCCAAUGCGUUUUGGGCAUAUCUACAUGGGAAAUUCCAGAGUUAGCAUCACUGGUUAUAAGGGGACUUUCUCUAUUCAUGUUCCUGCAGAAACGGAAAGGCUUGUCCUUACUUUUGUUGACCGGCUUCAGAAGUUUGUGAACACCACCAAAAUACUUCCAUUUAACAAAAAGGGGGGUGCUGUCUUUCAUGAAGUACAUCUCCUUAGAAAGAAGAAACCAGUGAUACUGGACUCCAAGAAGACAAACCAAAUAUCUUUGGGAGACGUAGAAAAUGAGGAUCCUAUAGCUGAGCUGGAAAUCCCCCCAAAUUCUUUCUAUCGGCAAAAUGGGGAAGAGUAUAGUGGUAAAGUGAAGGCAAGUGUUACAUUUUUGGACCCACGAAACAUAUCAACAGCUACUGCUGCACAAAGUGACCUAAAUUUUGUCAAUGAUGAAGGAGAUACUAUGCCACUGCGCUCCUAUGGAAUGUUUUCUGUGGACUUUACAGAUGAAGAAGCCAAGGAAAGCCUAAAUGCAGGAGCUGUUAAAGUCUAUCUUGAUUCUGCACAAGUAAAGAUGUCUGAACACCUUGAGAAAAUGAAAUUGUGGUCUUUGAAUCCAGAAACUGGGCUUUGGGAGGAAGAGGGUGACUUUUUGAGACAAGCAGUUCGACGUGGAAAAAGAGAGGAGAGAACCUUUCUUGUUGGCAAUAUGGAAAUUAGAGAAAGAAGACUGUUUAAUUUAGAUGUACCUGAAAGCAGGAGAUGUUAUGUGAAGGUCCGAGUUUUCAGAAGUGAAAGGUUUUUGCCAAGUGAACAAGUUGAAGGUGUUGUCGUGAACCUGAUUAAUAUGGAGCCAAUGUCAGGGUUCUCUUCUAAUCCAAGAGCCUGGGGUCGUUUUGACAGUGCGAUAACUGGUUCUAAUGGAGCCUGUCUGCCAGCAUUUUGUGAUGACAAGAGCCCAGAUGCCUAUUCAGCAUUUGUAACGGCCACUUUAGGAGGAGAAGAACUGGAAGCAGUGGAAUCUUCUCCUAAAUUCAACCCAAACAUAAUUGGUGUUCCUCAGCCCUACCUAAACAAAUUAAACUACAGAAGAACAGAUCAUGAUGAUCCCAAAAUCAAGAAGACAGCUUUUAGCAUUAAUGUAGCUAAGCCAAACCCCAAUGCCGCUGAAGAAAGCAAUGGCCCUGUCUAUGCCUAUGACAAACUUCGUGAGUGUGAAGAGGCACCAUACAAUUCUGCUCAUUUUAGGUUUUAUAGGGUAGAAGGAGAUAGGUAUGAUUUUAACACUGUGGCUUUCAAUGAGGAUGACCCUAUGGGUUGGACAGCUGACUAUUUAGCUUGGUGGCCCAAACCAAUGGAGUACCGUGCUUGUUAUAUGAAAGUUAAAAUUGUUGGUCCUCAAGAGCUGAUCGUGAGAUCCCGAAACAUGGGGGGUACCCACCCACAAACAACAGGCCAGCUAUAUGGUAUUCGAGAUGUACGGAGUACUAGAGACCAGGAGGAGUCUAACCUAUCCACAGCGUGUGUAGAAUUCAAAUGUAGUGGCAUGUUGUAUGACCAGGACAGAGUGGAUCGAACACUAGUAAAGAUUGUACCCCAAGGAAGCUGCAGAAGAGAAAAUAUAAACAGCAUGCUGCACGAAUACUUAAUCAACCAUCUGCCAAUGGCAGUCAAUAACGAUACGAAUGAGUACACUAUGCUGGCUCCUCUUGACCCACUUGGACAUAACUACGGUAUCUACACAGUUACCGACCAAGAUCCUAGAACAGCUAAGGAGAUAGCUCUGGGUAGGUGUUUUGAUGGAACAUCCGAUGGCUCUUCUAGGGUAAUGAAGAGUAAUUUGGGAGUGGCUCUUACUUUCAACUGUCUGGAAAAGGAUCUAACACAACAGAGUGUUUUUGGCGGAAAUGGGCUGGCAGCUUCAAGUGUCGCCAGAGAAGGGGGCAGAAACGGAAGGCAACAAAGAGCCAGUGCCAGGUCUCGGCAGAUUAGCAGAACGGGCACUUUCUCAAGACAAGGACGUUCUCAGUAA